UGCUUUGCGUUCGGCGGUGUUUCGUUAGUUGCGUUUUCGCUUUCAUCGGAGCAAGUUGGGCAGAAAGAAGCGCCGGAGCAGUGUGACAGACGUUUUGAAAAGACACACAGUGCGAGACGAGUAAGCAGCAGCAGCUAGUGAGGCAGCGCGUGAGGAACGAAUCAAACGUAGCGAGCGAGCGUUCACUUUCGUCGCGGCUAGUUUUUCCGUCAACAGUUUCCCGAGUGUGCGUACGCGCGUGUGUGUGUGUACACCGAUGUUGUGUGAAAAGUGAAAAGUCCAGCCCUUGGUAGAAGCGCGUAGUCCAUCGAAGACAAAAGGUUGGAGGUCGUAUUUUUUUGGGCUGGCCGUUUCGUUGCGUGCACACAGACUAAUUCUGUUUUAAUGGAGUUAAAACAAUCGGUCGCGAAGCAGAAGACGACGACUGCGAGUAUCUUCCUGGAAGUGAGCCUCAUACCCGUACCGUGGAGUGCGAAAGCAAUCAGUGGAAGCCGGAGCGAACUGUGCGGUAAACAACCUCCGGUGACGUUGCGACCGUGUCGUUGCCAGCGGUCAACACCGUGAACGGGGCACAUUCAUUUGCCAAAAAUCUACCUCGUUUUUUUAGCGAAAAGAGAAGAGAAACAAAACACACGCACAUCAUCCGCCUCGGGUUCAUGCACAGCUGUGAGGACAGCACACAUCUCAGUAGGCAAAAAAAAACGGAAAAAGCACACCAACGAAAACUGUGUGUAGAGCUCCUUGCGCCCACUUGGAUGAUUUUUCCACAAAAAAAAAACCAAAACCCGUUCCAGUUUCCCCAGCAUACAGUGCGGCUCCGUUCAACGACACUAUUUCCCGCGCGAUUGAACUUUCCGUGUCAGCGUACGUGUGAGUGAAAGCAAAAAUCGAUGUUACAGCAUUUUUCCUCCCGCGUACCGUGCGUCCGUGGCAGCUUCCCGUCCGUGUGACACAGUGCGGUGCCUUUGCUCUUUUGCGAGAGCAGAAACAUCCAACACACCGGAGAAAAGAGUGCGUGACACGAUACCCAACAGCUCACGAGUUACCUCAGAAAGGGAACAAAAGGUGUAGUAUAAAAGUGUGUGUGUGUGUGCAGGCUGAGAGCAAAAGUUGAUGAAAUAGAAUUUUCCAAACCACCAAACCACGAAGCUAAACGAAUGAACACCAGAGCGCUUUUCGGAGGGAAAACAAGUGUAGAUCAAACUUCUGUGAAAUUUUCCAACCUUCUCUCCUGUGCGGUACCGGUUACGAACUGGAGGAAAAAAAACAGUUUCCAAAGAAGGAAGCGCAUAGUAACAAGCAGUAGGCGACGACGGCUUUUCAUGUGUUGACCGAAGUUUGCUUCAACGAACAAAAGGGCGCUUGUGACGUAUUGUAUGCUGUUUGGUUCCCCGAAUCGGUCGGUUAACAAUUGUGCACAAGAAUAUUAUCGUAUUGUGGUUAAAAUUUGUUUGGUGCGCCUUUUAAUUUUACGCGAUUCUAUUUUGCGUUUAUGUUGUGUGUCGCGUGUGCUACGUGUGUGUCACGAAUGGAAGAAGACCGAACGCAAUAAAAUGGUAGUGUGUCGUCCGGUUUAGAGAAAAUAGAAACUUCUACAUAAGAACAGGAAAAUACACGAAACUAUAGGUAGGACAAACAGUGGAAGUGAAAGCAUAAGAAAAACAGUACGAUAUAAGACAGGAAUUUGCCGAAUUGCAUUCGUCAGAGGGGGGGCCCUUUAUACAGGCUUUUGGAUGUUGUUCCCCAUAAAUCAAAUUAAAAAAGAGCACUUUUCUGUUUACUGACGUUUGGUGAUCUCCAUAAGAUUGACAGCUAUAGACAAUCAGUUUUGUGUUUGUGUGUGUGUGUGUAAAUCUCAGUACUCAUGUUGUGUGUUGCGUGAAUGUGUAGCGAGGACAUGUAAGAUUUGUGUGCGUACGAAACAAGCAUCGUAUGAAGAGUGGUUUUGCGACAAAAGUUACGCACUAUUGAACAUCGUGUCGCUGCAAAACGCCCGUGUGAGCGUUUUGGGAAGAAAUUUAAAAAUUGAUAAUCAACUAUUGUUCGGUGGGUCGUUGCUGGCCGCAAUGGCACCAUUACGUGCAGGACGAACCACUGUCAGCGAGGGACUAAUGCAGCAUCCCUCCUGCAUGAACCAAUCCACCCUUACGACGUCCAUCGGCGGUGGUGUGUACGAUCCGUUCUCCUGGGGCGUGAGCGGUGACUCGGACCAUGGCUUCGAAUCGUCCCAGUCGGGCGAUGGGUCCGGUUCGGAAGGUGCCGGAAUGGUACGUUGCUGCAUGCCGAUCGGUGAGUGCGUGAAGCCGAAAGGUGGCAAUCCAUUCUCGGAGCUGGGCGCAAUGAUCAAUCUGGAGGAUUUGCGCGAAUGUGUGCGGGUGCAGUGCAGCAACGAAUCUUGCACCGCCGGUCAGUACAUGCACCGGGAGUGUUUCGAUCGGUGGGAGGAUGAGGUGAUGGCGUACUUGAAAUCUACCGCCCGUGCACGCUCCUGGUCGGAUAAGCAACGGCAGCAGUACCUCUGGACGAAGAAGGGUUACGAGCUGGUGCACAAGAUGUGUGCCUGCAAGUGUGGACGUGGCAACUUGAAGAAGGAUCUGGACUGGAAUGCUCCCACUACGGCUACUAUGUUUGGACGUGCUCUCGUAGGAAACGGCGGAGGAGGCGGUAUCUCCGUUGGAGAUGGUUCCAUUGACGUCAGUUCGUUGGAUGUUGGAGGUAUGCUGGGGCCGAUCGGUGGUCGCGAUGAUGAAAGUGCAAAGAAGCAGAAGAAAAAGAAGAAUCGGCACAAUCAAAAAUUGGCGAUCUCGACCAGUGCUAGUAGCAGUGCUAACAGUAGCGCUACCAGCAGUCCCAACAGCCAGCAACAGUUACUCCAGCAGCAAACGGAUCUUAUUCUUCAGCAUCACCAUCACCUGCUGCAGCAGCAGCAACAGCAACAGCAGCAACAUCAAACUACUGAGCAGCAACAUCAGCUCAAGUUGCUGUCGAUACUGAGCAAGAUAAGUGUUUCGACACCGAACGCUGCCACACCGAUGCGGCGUGGUACGAAUCAACCUCCCGGUCUUGGUGGGCUUGUCAUCAGUGGAAUGCAUUCGCAGCAUCAACAGCAUCUGCACCAUGGUGCACCAGUUCCGGCAGGUAUGGUAUCGACCUCUGCCUCGGCCCGUAUGCGUGCCAACAGUCUGUCAUCGAUCAGCAAUGGGUCUUGCACACCGCCUGCUUCGUCGAUUGGUGGAUCGGAACAGUCUAUCUCACCGAUCCACAACCAAGCUCCGAGCCCGGCUAGCAUUGCGAAGUUGCCACUGACACCGAAGUCGAAAGUUGAGCUGUACUCGGAACGUGUACGAGCUACAUCUGGUGCCAAUGGAAUCUUCUCACGCCGUUUAGACUUUUCGUCGUUCAACGUUUUGCCGCGACAGCGAAUAAACUCCUACUCGAUAAAGAUCGAAGAUGAAGGCAAUCACGGAAACGAUGAAACACGUCUCUUUAUACUUUCCUCGCUAGCCGCACAGCAUAAGAGUCGCGUUGCGUGUGUGCUGUGCGAGGAACCGAUGCUAGUCUUUGACCGCUAUCCACUGGUCGACGGAACGUUCUUUCUCAGCCCGAAACAACACAACAAAGGGUGCAUUGAGGUGAAGUACGAGAAUCGUGUCCAGUAUCUAACAUCCGUCUGCAUGGCGUGCUUGGAAGGCGUCGAGCCAAACCGUGUCGUACGGUGCAGAUUUUGUGUGAAUAAGUGGGACGGUUCAUCGCUCGUCCUUGGAACCAUGUAUUCUUAUGACAUCUUCGCUGCUAUGCCAUGCUGCACGGAACGUUUAAAGUGUAACAACUGCUUCAAAAUGAUGCUGUCUCCAAAUCAGCGGCUCAACUUCUACAGCGAUUACAGUCACAGCGUAUCGUGCCCGUAUUGUUCGGCUCAGGAUAAUCACUUUGUAAAGCCACUGAGCUACUGCUACACCAAGCAGCCGAUGCAGUUUUUCCAGCACUGGCCAUAACAUGAGG